AUGGAUGUAUCAUCAGUCAAUGGGGUCGUCAAUGCCAGUGGGGCAGCUGCUUCUGCUGCGCCUGCUAAGAAGCGACUUUCUGUUGAGAGGAUUUAUCAAAAGAAAACACAGUUGGAGCACAUUUUAAUUCGUCCCGACACCUACAUUGGCUCUGUAUCUCGGACUACAACGACGAUGUGGGUGUUUGAUAAGGAAAAAGAAGCUAUGGUACAGAAAGAAAUUACGUACACACCUGGUCUGUACAAAAUAUUUGAUGAGAUCCUAGUGAACGCCGCCGAUAACAAGAUUAGGGAUCCCACUAUGAACUGCAUCAAGAUCGAUAUCAAGCCAGCUGAAAAUCUCGUUCGUGUGUGGAAUAAUGGUGCUGGGAUUCCUGUUGUGCAUCAUAAGGUGGAGAAUAUGUACGUUCCCUCGCUGAUCUUCGGACACUUGUUAACAUCGAGUAACUACGACGACACUGAGCAGAAGGUUACUGGUGGUCGUAAUGGCUAUGGUGCAAAGUUGUGCAACAUUUUCAGCAGACGCUUCAUUGUUGAGACGUCAAGUAAAGAGAACAAGAAGUGCUUCAAGCAGACGUGGGUAGACAAUAUGACCAAAACAUCUGAACCGAAGAUAAGUCCGAAUUUCGGUGAAGACUUCACCUCUGUUUCUUUCUAUCCUGAUCUUGAACGAUUCGGAAUGACAGAACUAGACGCUGACACCGUCUCUCUUUUCGAACGCAGAGCUUAUGAUGUCGCCGCCUCUACCCGUGGCGUCAAGGUCUUUCUAAAUGGGCAAAGAAUACCCAUCAAAAGUUUCAAGGAUUACGUCGAUUUGUACCUUAAGGACAAGGGUGAAGACGGUGCCUCUGUGCCGGUCGUGUAUGAGUGUGUGAACCCUCGGUGGGAGAUAGCCGUGGCACCGAGUACAGUCGGUUUCCAGCAAGUCAGUUUCGUCAAUAGCAUCGCCACCACAAAGGGCGGUAAGCACGUGGACUACAUAGCUGAUCAAGUGGUGGGCAAGCUAAUCGAUAUUGUAAAGAAGAAAUCAGGGAAAUCCGGCGUCUCGAUAAAGAACUUCCAAAUUCGUUCGCAUAUGUGGGUGUUUAUCAAUUGCCUCGUGGUGAACCCCACCUUUGACUCACAGACCAAAGAGUUUAUGAGUUUAGAAGCGAAGCACUUCGGAUCCACCUGUCAACUAACUGAGAAAUUCAUAAAUCAGGUCUCUAAGUCGGGUAUCGUGGAGAGUGUCCUCUCAUGGGUGCGAUUCAAGGCACAAGAGAAGAUGGAUAAGCAGUGCCAUAAGUCAAAGCAUGCCAAAUUAAAAGGGAUUCCAAAGCUGGAUGAUGCCAACGAUGCAGGGACAAAGAACUCCCAGUAUUGUACUCUUAUCCUCACUGAGGGAGAUUCGGCCAAGUCUCUUGCGGUGGCCGGUCUCGGGGUGGUUGGGCGUGACCGCUAUGGCGUCUUUCCUUUGCGAGGUAAACUGCUCAACGUUCGUGAAGCUCCGGCAAGGCAGAUCAUGGAGAAUGCUGAGAUCAACAAUCUCAUUAAAAUUCUGGGUCUGCAGUAUAAGAGCAAGUACGAGUCUCCGGAUUCUGUCGCCAAUUUGCGUUACGGAAAAAUUAUGAUAAUGACGGAUCAAGAUCAAGACGGAUCGCAUAUCAAGGGCCUGUUGAUCAGCUUCAUCCACCAUAAUUGGCCCAAUCUGCUUCGCCAUAACUUCCUAGAGCAGUUUAUCACCCCGAUUGUGAAAGUAUUUAAGGGGAAGCAGGAAAUCGCCUUCUAUAGCAUCCCCGAAUUUGAGGAGUGGCAAAAGUCAACAGCCAACUGGCAUACCUGGCGUGUGAAGUAUUAUAAAGGUUUGGGUACCUCAACUAGCAAGGAGGCGAAGGAGUACUUCUCAGACAUGGCGCGCCAUCGUAUCCGUUUUCGCUACUCGGGACCCGAGGACGACGGUGGUAUUAUACUUGCUUUUAAUAAAAACAAGAUCAAUGAGCGCAAACAAUGGCUUACUACGUGGAUGGAAGAGAAGCGACGGCGCACAGAGCUGGGUUUGCCAGAGGACUAUCUUUACGGUGCGGGUACUCACGCCAUUACCUACCACGACUUCAUCCACAAGGAGCUCGUUCUCUUUUCAAACAUGGACAAUGAGCGCUCCAUCCCAUCGCUAGUGGAUGGCCUGAAGCCCGGUCAGAGAAAGGUCAUGUUUACCUGUCUGAAGCGCAACCAAGUAAAGGAGAUCAAGGUGGCUCAGCUGUGUGGUGCCGUGGCAGAGAUGUCAUCCUACCACCAUGGCGAGGUUUCUCUCAUGGGCACCAUCAUUGGUCUAGCCCAAGACUUUGUAGGUUCCAACAAUCUCAACCUUUUGAUGCCCUACGGCCAGUUUGGUACGCGUCUCGCCGGUGGCAAGGACUCCGCUUCUGCCCGUUAUAUCUUCACAGCUCUCAGUCCUCUAGCCCGCAAGAUCUUUCACGAGAACGAUGACGCUAUUUUGAACUACCUAUUUGAGGACAAUCAGAAGAUCGAGCCUGCGUGGUAUAUGCCAGUCAUUCCCAUGGUCCUCAUCAAUGGAGCUGAGGGUAUUGGCACGGGUUGGAGCACUAAGAUACCCAAUUACGACACCAACGAGGUGAUCGCCAACCUCCGGCGAAUGCUGGAUGGGGUGGAUCCGCUGCCAAUGCUGCCGAGCUAUCGGGGUUAUCGAGGAAAAAUUGUGGAGGUAGGAGAAAAUCGAUAUGUGCUCUUUGGAGAGAUUGCAGUCCUUGAUGAUCAAACGGUGGAGAUUACGGAGUUGCCGGCUAAGACUUGGACACAGUGUUACAAGGAGACAGUGCUGGAACCUAUGCUUAAUGGGACUGAGAAGGUGCCGGUUAGCAUCAGGCAUGUUUGGCAAUUUUACGUUUAUGGCAGAUUUAUUUUCGUCGAUUACAAAGAGUAUCACACCGACGUGACGGUACGUUUUGUGGUACAAAUGACACGCGAGAAGCUGCGUGAGGCCGAGAGCAUGGGUCUACACAAGUUCUUCAAAUUGGCGGUUCCCAUGACAACCAAUUCCAUGGUGCUCUUUGACCACGCCGGAUGCCUGAAACGCUAUACAUCGGCGCAAGAGAUCCUUCGUAGUUUUUAUGCCCUCCGGUAUGACAAGCGCAAGGCCUUUAUGGAGGGUAUGCUAUCAGCAGAGGCGCGACGUCUGGAGAAUCAGGCGCGCUUCGUUAUGGAGAAGAUCGGCGGCACUAUCACCAUUGAGAACCGCUCGAAGCGGGAUCUGGUACGCUUGCUUCGCAGUCGUCACUACGAUCCCGACCCUGUGAGGACCUGGAAGGAAUGUAUCGACAAACUGGCCGCUAUUGAGGAAGCUGCUGCGGCGCGCAGGCAAGCGGGUGAACCAGUAGAUGAAGCAGAUGGUAGUGACGGCAAUGGUGAUGCUGAAGUAGACGAAGACAUAGCCCGCGGGGCCGCCGACUACAACUACAUCCUCGGAAUGCCCCUAUGGAGCUUGUCGAAGGAGCGAAAGGAGGACUUGUUGGCGCAGAGGGAUAAAAAGCAGGCAGAGUUGGCCACUCUGAUGCGGAAGACAAACAAGGACCUGUGGCGAGAAGAUUUAGAUGAACUGGAGGCUGCAAUCAGAUUUGAAAUGCUAUUGGGCUUAACAGGUUUGCUUUUGACGGUUCGCGUUUCCGCACUGGCUCCGCCGACUCGUUUGAAGAGGCUUUGUGUUGAUAAGGCUCUUGAAACCGAAUUGAAGUUGCGUUUAGGCGAGGUCAACCAUAAAUAUGAGGCUGAACGUUUGAAGGAUUUGGAGGACCUUAUCAAUGCUGCCGAGAAAAAGGUGGCCAAACAGACGACAUCGCAAUUGAAAGGCAGUCGUAAUGCAGCGGCCAAAAGCGCGGCUGCAGCCCUGACCAAGGGCAUGCGUCAGACCCGUCCCGAUCCCCUGGGUCGUCGUGUCGAGCCUGUCGUUGAUCCUGAGUUAACAAAAAAAGCCGAAGCUCAGCUCUGCCGUGAAGCCAAAAGGAAGGUGGCAGCAGCUGUUGGCGGGAAGACAGCAGAUGAUGACUUCCUGGAGGAUCUGAAUGACGAGGACGAUCAGUUUGGUGGGCGUGCUCUUCAGCCGUUACUCAAGCGACUUAGUGAAACAGCGGACCCGGAGAAUGGCAACACUGCACUCAAUAUUCCCAUUUCAGCUCAGCCGUCGAGGCGUGGUGGUGGCAGUGCCGGCGUUCGUGGGGGUGGGCGUGGACGUGGGAAGGGGGGUUCCACUGGUAAGUCACUUGCGACUCAACGCUUUUUUGCGAAGGUAUAUGGCUUAAGCCUUUCUGUCGCGGGGCUUUUAAGAUUGCAGAAGGUCUUAUGA